CUGCUUUGUUUUCCAUGGUGUAAUCCAUAUCACUUAUCUCAUGGUAUGGCAGCUUCUGUAGAUGAACCAGAAACAGCACCGAGGUGGUGGAAUGUUUCUUAUUGGGCUGGUAGUUCUGAAUCGAGAGACGCUAGUGUUUCUCAUCUAGCCCAGCCUGGUCCAUCAACAAUUCCACUAGCUAGUACACAUGAAGAGCCGCUACCAAUUAUCGCAGAGUCUCUGUCAUCCGGUUUGGAUAGAAUUCUCAAUUUAUAUCGAGAAAAGACGAUGGAAGUUGAUGUUUCUUUCAGAGUCAUGAGAAUGACCUUCCUCGGUGGUUUCUUAAUGGGAGGAUCAUCUGGUUAUCUGCAAGCUAGACAAACUUAUGAAAUAAAUAACGUUGGAAGAAAAUACCUGAGUCCUUCGGACGCAUUAAAAAGACGUAUGGACUACGCUAUUCUCCGUUUCGCCCGAGCCGGCUUUGGUAUGGGAAUAAAAUGUGCUCUUCUCUCUGGGUCCAUUGUAAUUUUGACUACGCACGUGGCAGCUUAUAGAGAACGAUUUUCUUCCUGGUACUUCCCCGCUUUAUCAGGUGCGCUUGCAAUAGGCCUACAUUCAGUUGGUGGUGUUUUUGCUUUUCCUCUAGGUCCUACAGGGAUCGCUAAAGCUUGUGGACUAGGAAUAACUUCUGGGCUAACGCUUUCGGCAGUUGCCCACUUGUAUGCACUCUCUGUAGAUAAGCCUAUGAACGAUGCUUACUGGUUGUUUAAGAAAGAUUAUGAGAAGGAUAUCUCUGAAGAAGCGGAGUUUGAAAAACGAGUUUCUGAGUUGAUGAAGAACGAAGGUAUUCGUUGGAGGCCUACUGCUGUUAAGCAAUUGAAAAGAGCAGAUGAAGAGAAAUUAGUUGGAAAUGAUGCUUGA